AUGGCCACGACGUACAGCGUCUCUCCCGUGGCCGCGACGGAUCGGGCGGGCAUAGUCUGGGUUGCGGCCAUCCUGUCGCUGAUGUUCGCCAUCAUCACGUUGGCGACGAGAUUCCAGAUCAAGUUCCAUACCCUUGGAAAGGACGACUGGCUCAUUGCGGGAGCGACGAUUGUCGCAUUGGGACAGUUCGUUGCCGUCUACGUAGGACUGCAUCAAGGCCUCGGGCAGAGCACUUUGCUUCUCAGCCAGAGUCAUGCAGCUCAGCUGGCGCAUGCCGUUCUGGCCAGCGAGAUCUUCUUCAUUGUCACCAUGAUGCUUAGCAAGCUGGGUGUGAUUUUCUUCAUGAAGAGGCUGUUCACACGCGAGCACCGGACGGCCUGGUGGUGCUGCAACGCUGCUGUAGCCCUCACCAUAAUCUGGGGCGUUGCGAGUGUCUCAGGCGUAAGCAUUGGGUGUGGCUCGUGGAAGAUGCUCUAUGGUCCAGCGCGCUGCGAUGGGAAGCUCGCGCGUUGGACGGUCGUCAUCAGUACUGAUGCAGCUCGCGAAGUCGUCUAUGUCGCCCUAGCUGUUGUCCUGGUAUGGCCGCUACAGAUGCGCUUGUCUAUCAAGGUCACGGUGGUCAUGGCAUUCGGAUUUCGACUCGUAUGCGCCAUCUUCGCAGCUCUACACCGUGUCUGGAUCGCGAAAUACGUCCAGUCGCCAGACCCGGGCUUGGCUGUCGCAGAUGUGCUGGUUUGGCAGCAAGUCGCACUUGGUUAUUCCCUCAUCGCGACCACGAUCCCCACCAUCAAGAACUUCGUUCGAGGCUACAACCAGGCGAUGGGUUGGGACCCUUCGUCCGAGAAGCGUGGUCUGGGAGGUGGCUAUAACCUGGCAUCACACGUGCGCUCGGGCGGCAGGAGUCGGAUCGAGUCCAGCUCCAAACGAGGUUCAGGAUCUCGUAACAUGGACCGACCAGAAGAUCAGCUACAGCUGCGACCUAAUGUCGGCGACUAUCGGGUUGGCGCUUUCCACGACUCUAGCAAGGGCAAGACGCCCCGAAGGCUGUCCACUUCAGGUUCGAACGAGAGCGAGGAUCCCAUAAUACGGCGGCAGAUAUCGGUCACAAUCGAGCACGAACAGGCAUCACGCGCCAACUCUUCCAAUCUUGAGUCUUAA